CAUUUUUUUUUUAUACAAAAAAAUUUCAAUUUUCAAAAGUAUUUCAACUAAUUUUCUUUUUUGAUCUGUACAUUAUCGAGCGUUCGGAUUUCAGAUUAACAGAUUUCAACAUGGAUUCAAAUGAACCUCAAUUCACUGUACAGAUGAGAAAAGCCACCAGACAAGUCCAUAGUUUGAGUGACGCUUUGGUGCAAUCAAAAUUCGUAUUUGGUUUAAUAGACGAUCGCGUUUGGGCCGAAGGUUUACUCGUAUUUUACGAAGUUUUUCGAUACUUAGAAGAAGCCAUGGAUCGUUUACCAAACACCAAUGUUGGUAAAUUCAAAAACGAGUCCCUAAUGCGCACCAAAUACUUCGAAACUGAUCUAGAAACGUAUUAUGGUAAAGAUUGGAGAACCAGCCAACCGUCGAGAGAAUGUGUGCGUAAAUACGUCGAACAUUUAGAAACCCUAGAGCAAACCGAACCUGAUUUAUUGAUCGCCUAUAUUUAUCACCUAUACUUGGGAUUAUUAUCCGGCGGACGUAUAUUAAGAAAGAAACAAAAAGUCAUGGCUUUCUCACGUUUCUCUAAACAAAGCACUGUUGUUGAUUUCGAUGCCAAGGUCGUCUCCGAAAUGAAGAAAUUCAUCAAAGAUACCACCAACGAAAUUGCCGAGAAUUUAGACGAAAAAGCCAAACAACAGAUACUCGAUGAAAGCGUCACUGUGUUUAAAUUAAAUUGCGAUAUAAUACGUAGCGUCGAUUCAGCUCAGCACGUAGUCAAUAAAGCUUUCUGGUCUGUAGUAUACAUAGGUCUAGCCUUAUUCGCCAUGAUCGCCUUAUACAUGUAUAGAACGCCUGAUACAACAAGCGAAAAAUGAACUUGUUUAAUUCUUUCGAUACGUACUCGACAAAAAUUUUCGAAAAUUACGAACUAGUCAAAUCCAGAUAGUGCGAAGACUUUUAUAAUGACCUCUCAAUUACUCGAGGGUGAAAUUUAUGAGAAAUUCUUUCAGUUUUUGUAAUUAACGACGAAUAUUCCCAUUACGUAAUGCAAUAUUUCACAUCAAUCCCAAUUUCAAAUAAAAAUUACUCUGUACCGCAUUGUCAUAGGGUCAUAACAAAGAUGGCACGAGGUGACAGAAAGGGUUUUAAUAGUAAUGUUUUAUUAUAUCUAAGUGUUGUUUUGGAACGAUCUGCGGAAGUUGCUAAUUAAUUGGCGAGAAUGUGAUAAAAUUUUUCUUGUUUUUCUUACUGGCAAAUUCUAGAAGUGUUAAACAGACAAUUGAAGUGAUGAGGUUGUGCAUGAAACAUUUCAAUUUAAAAUUAUUAACUCGAGUUUCUUUUUUUUUUAAUGCUAGUUACGACUUGUAACGUUAUUAUGGGGUUGUUUUUUUUUCUUUUUUUUUUGUUACUAUUGUUCAUUUUAUUUCAAUUUUAGAUGCUGUGAUGCUAUUACUUAUAUAAAUUUACUAAUAUUUUUAUUAUAACAUAAUGCACAUGAUAUUAUAUGUAUCGAUGUAGUACAAUACAUUUAUGCGUAAUUCAAAUAUGUAAAAAGAUACAUUAAAAACCUGGAGUUUUAAUUAAUGGAAUUUUAAAUUAAAAAUACGUAAACACCCUA